AUGGUUGGUGAUAACGUUCCCAAGUUCGCAGUUCUCAUUGACGCGGACAAUGCCCAGUCUUCCGUUAUUAAUCUCCUCCUCUCCGAAAUAGCGAAAUACGGUACAGCUCAUGCGAAGCGAGCAUAUGGGGAUUGGACGACAUCUAAUUUGCAGGGCUGGAAGGACAAGCUCCUUGAGCAAUCGAUCCAACCCAUCCAGCAGUUCGCGUAUACCCACGGCAAGAAUGCGACCGACUCAGCUAUGAUUAUAGACGCAAUGGAUCUUCUGUAUUCUAACCGAUAUGAUGGGUUCUGCCUCGUCUCAAGCGACAGUGACUUCACCCGGCUGGCCGCUCGUAUCCGCGAGUCAGGAGCAAUUGUCUACGGAUUCGGGGAGCAUAAAACGCCCCAGCCCUUCGUCGCGGCAUGCGACAAAUUUAUCUACACUGAAAAUCUCGUGCAUAUUGAUGAGCUUGUACCGCAUGCGGACAGUGCUAUCGUUCCUAAAAACCAUUUAUCAACCCGACAGACUGAAAAGGAUAGCUGCUUAGCAAGUCAGUUGCGAACGACGGUAGAAGCAGCCUCGGAUGACGAUGGCUGGGCUAGGCUUUCUGUCAUAGGUCACCUCCUCACAAAAAAUAUCCUGACUUCGACUCUCGUACCCAUGGAUACCAUAAGCUCAGCGAUCUCAUCACCGCCUCCCCGUUGUUUGAAACUACCCGCCGCUCCUUACGAACUGGCUUACCCACAGAGAUCUUCGUUCGUGAUAAGCGUAGGAAGCCUAAAAGUUCUGCUACGUAAACGGGUGUAUCUGUAG